GCUUUCGAACGAGCUUUUGUCGCGAAGCUGUCAUGUUCAGUGGCGGCGCACAGCAUCCGGAUUUUUGCGCGGAAAAUCGCCUUUUCGAGCCUCUCUAGGUGUGCACUCAACGGGGAAAAGCGCCCAGGAAAGCUCCAAUCGCUACCAUCUCGUGGGAUGCUUUCGGGGAUGCUUGAUGGUUCCGCACCGCUGUUUAAUGACCGGAGACGAUUUUAAGUGUGGCUCACCAACUACAUACUUCGUAGUCCCUCUUUGGUACUGGGAGUUCGAUGCGAACUACCCGGAGUGCUGAGUCCUUGUCCAGGUGAUCCUUGCAACGGCAUGGCGGGUAGGUGGCGCCACCUGCAUCCGGGGCCGCGCUCACAGCCUCGUCCGACUCGCUAGCGGCCCGGACCCGGCAUGUUCCGUACCAGGGACACCACCUCUACUAUGAUCAUUUUCAGUGACUCCAACGAUGACAUGGAAAUCGUGUUCACGCUGGAGGGUCUUACCCAAGCGGGCAUCAUCUUCAUCAUGGCUAUCGCCAUCAUCGUCACCAAUAUACUCAUCAUCGCUACAUUCCUUAAUUUCAGAGGUCCCUCGGAGGUGAUCAACUGCUACCUCCUCUCCCUCGCCGUGGCCGACCUCCUCUGCGGCCUGCUCGUUGUUCCCCUGUCCGUGUACCCCGCCGUCGUCCGCGACUGGGUGUACGGCGACGUCGUCUGCCGCCUCGUCGGCUACGUGGAAGUGACCCUCUGGGCCGUCACCGUGUACACCUUCAUGUGGAUAAGCGUCGACCGCUACUUGGCCGUGCGCAAGCCCCUCCGCUACGAGACCAUCCAGACCAAGACCCGGUGCCAGUGCUGGAUGGCCUUCACCUGGAUCUCCGCAGCCAUGCUCUGCUGCCCCCCGCUGCUCGGCUUCAACCAGCCCGUCUUCGACAGCGACGCCUACAUCUGCAUGCUGGACUGGGGCAGCAUGGCCGCCUACUCGGUGACGCUCUCCAUCCUCGUGCUCGGCCCCAGCCUCAUCACCAUCGUCUACACCUACACGUACAUCUUCAACAUGCUGCGCAAGCUGCGCUCCGGCUACGCUUUCCACGACAAGGAGUACGUGACGGCGCUGUCGGAGAACCUGUCCAACCCCAGCCACCUGAUGUCGUUCUCGCUGGUGCUGGCCUUCUGGGCCUCGUGGACGCCCUACAUCGGGGUGCGCCUGUACGAGUACUUCACGGGCGUCAAGAUCCAGGUGCAGUUCCUCCACUUCGGCAUCGUCUGGCUGGGGUUCCUCAACUCGUUCUGGAAGUCGAUGAUCCUGAUCACCAUGAGCCCGCAGUUCCGGCUGGCCUUGCGCAUCUUCUGCAUGACGAUCUGCUGCCGCUACAAGGGCAGGAUGCAGGCGGAGCUGAUAGGGAUGGAGGCAGACGACUGACUACUCUUUCCCGUCACCGGGUGCUUUCCGGGGCUCCCCAUCACGGGGCUGGCCAUGCGCGACUACGAGUACUUGCUCGGCAAGAUCAGGCGCUACUGGUGGCAGUACUCGGGACGCAACCAGUUUCACAACCAGUGAUAGGGACCUGUUCUAUGUGGUUGUAGAUAAUACUGUACAGGUUUCAAGUGUUUUGUAUUUUAACAUUAACAGUCAAUUAACAUUACUUGUAGGUUUUAAUCUCCGCGAGAAACUUGUAGCGUAAAUGCGGCUUAUUUGGGAAGCUCAUAACGAUUUUACAACCCCGUGUAACGGCUGCUUAUGUGUAAUCAAAAUGAGGCUUAACACCAACUCCAAACACGACCGAGGUUCAAAAACUAAGGUGCAGAUCCAAAAAUUACAACAAUCAAAUAAUAAUAAUAACAAUAAUCGUCACAACACAUUUCUAAAGGCACGAAAGAUAAAUCGAUGAAGUAAAACGUUUUUUUGGCUUCUUAUACAACUUGCCAAUUUAGGGCAACAAAAGGUUUAAUUACUUCCUCAGUAAUCGGUCUUCUUCCAUAAUAGCUUUUUUAAUUGGCUGCCGGAAACUAACGCAGAAGCCACAAAUGUAAAUCUUAAUUUCGUACAAACUACUAACCGAAGGUGAAGCCUCGAUGGAAAUCCUCCACCUACGAGCUCCCACGGGACGCCCCAAUCUUAUCUUUCAUCCCACUAAAUUCUACCUCUUUCCCUUCGUUGGUCUUAAAAUACAACGCGACUAUAAAAAAUUGCUGUUGGAAAAUCUAUCACUGGAUUUCUAAUACGGUUACUUGAAAAGCUUAAGACGGCUAGAUUAUGACUGGCCAUGAGUAACAAUCAUCAUCACAACGAAGCGCCGAAGGACUUCACCUCGUUGAUUUUAUUGUUGAUUCUUGGUGGAAAAAUCUCCACGAUGUUAAAUUAUGCCACACUCUAUCAAGUUUCCACCAACAAAAAAUUUACACAAAGGCGUCAAUUAAUUUUCGUUUAAACAAUGGCUCUUUCAUAAAAUUAUACUCACUUUAACUUAGGUACCCCUAAUGCUCACCAUGUGGCGUUUUUUCUCUCAGCGCGAAAUUUGAAUUUAAACUGGGACACCACAAUAUUAUUUUAUGAUUAUGAUUCCACAAAAGUACAAGUUGAAUUUUUGCUAGGAAACUCUUGGAUUCAUGGAUUGUUUUCACUUGUGGUUGAUGUAUAAUUGGUUGCAUGUAUGUAUUUAACUAAGUGUUGUAUAAUAUUUAAAACCAUUUGCUGGAACACGGUAUCACAGUACAAAAUACACAGUACACUUAGCACCUAUUUAUAAUAAAAUUAAUUGUAAGAACAACUUUAAAGAAUUAGAAGAAAAUGGAGCUUCUAAUAUGGUUUACUGAGCUAAUUUUACACUUGUUUAUCUAUACACUUGUUUUCCAUUCUUUUCACCACUUUGUAUGAAAAUUAAAAUAAAUCUAAAACACUUCGAAACUAUCCAAAAAAAAAAGAUUAAAAUGAAAAAAUAACAGUGUGCACAGCACACGCAAAAAAACAAGAUAUACAGGGUGUCCCAGCGAGCUAAUUGUGUCACGACUGGACAAUCAAUGUCAUCAGGUCGCAGAGACAUCCUGAAUACGUACAAAAAUAAUAACUGAAAAUCUUCAAGUAUAAAAGUGGAAGUUAUCCAGUUCUACCAACUUUCCUUAUGUUUAAUUAUCCCCCAACUUAUUUUCACUGUAGUGGGGAAAGGUAAAUAAAACAAACAUAUAUCUCGUUUUUUGUGUAAAAUUUUAACAUUAGCACCGAUCCUAUCUUUCGUAUUUUUGGAAAACCGACCCAAAACCACUGCAUUUUCCAAACCGCUACAGGGUACCCCGCAAUACCACCCAGAUUUCCGCUUUUUGGGUCUGCAUCUGCUCCAUCCGCCAACACAAUCAAACUUUUCAUGCAACGAACAAAACCCAAAAUUUACUCCGACUAUAGAUUGGACGUGAUGAUUUUAUCGUAGUUGUUAAGGAUGAGCUUAAAAGUGAGCAAUCAAAACGUAUUGCUAGAAAACACAUAAUAAGUUGCCUUGGAUUUUGUACUGAUCAUCCCAAAAGAAAAAAAAAAAAUUUACAUCAACACUGUGUUAGGUCUAAUGUUUCUCAGGCUAAUAGAUUACAUGUUUUUAGAGCACAAUUUUCUCUAUUACCGAACGACUUGGGAUAUUUAUUAUGUACAAUCGUUAGAAUGUUAGAUUUCUUAGACAUGUAAACAUUCUAAUCAAUGUUAUCAGCAUUUAUUGGAAAGUAUAGAAUAGGUUGUGUAAUUUUAAAGUUUUAAUGCUACUUCGUUCUCCGACUGCUUUGUGUAGAUCAGUCGAUUCGGUUGGAAGACCACUUAAGAACGGUCAUUUUUUUCCCAAACUCGUGUUACAGUAGAUCUUGCUCAAAUACAUGAUAAUAUCUGACUUAAAUCUGUUGCUUAGGCGUUAGGCGAAGCGUAAAAACAAUCAUCGAAUGCGACAUUCCUUUAUAAUCUGUAACAAGUGAUAGUGUCACUGUACAACAAUGGAAAGCUAAGUUGUUUUUACGUGUCUAUAGCCUGUUCUUUCGACUCGGACGGCAGACACGCGGGGACAGACGAUCUACAGUCUGUCUCAUCUGUAGAACGCCACCUCCAAAGCUCCACUCUGGACCGGCGAAAUCCGGCAGAUCCCGCGUGUCUGCCGCCCCAAGCCGAAUCUUAAGGUUGAUCUCCCCGGAUUGGUAGUACCAUGCCAUCUGUUGCGAUUUCCGUGCGUGGCUUAAGUCUAAUUUCAGUGUCUACGAAAUAUCAUCAUUCUGCGAAUGCUUAUCAACGUUUAGGUUAGUGUUGUUAUAGCCGUGCAUUGCAUUAUUCUAUUAUUAGUGAUGUAUCCAGUCGGGUAAUACCUGCUGAAUCCAUGGUGCAGGCGGCGCAUGUUUCCAUAUGGCCUACUCAUCAAGUUGGCGCGCACUUGCUGAAGCAAGUCGCUUGCUUUUGUACAGAGCUACUACAUCUUGUCGGUAAUCAGUAUCCAUGUGUUAUGAUAUAUACGAUUUGUUGUUAAUUUUUAAUUCGAUUAGCUGUUGUCCAGACAAAUAUCGAAACAUCAAUAAACGUUGUUUAUAUACUCUGUAUAUAUUAAGGGAGCGGCACCGCAACCGGCAACGUUUCGGUGCAGCGGAACGAGCAUCUUCGGCUAACGGAACGAUGACACCGCACAAACCUGGAAGCACUCGACGCUGAAGAUGCGCUUUCGCUGCACGAAACGUGGAGAAACGUUGGGGUUCGGUAACUGAAUAGUGGUCCAGUGGAGAUGAAUGGGACGAUUGCAGCGGCAUUUGAGUUUCGUAUGUGCAACAGUCGGUAUUGUGUCAGGUCUUGAAUUGACAAGUUAGGUUAUGAUUGGCAUCCAUCAUCAUAACGAGGCGGCAAAUUCACUUGUAUAAAACGACUCUUUCAACUCAUGGCUACAUGAUUUUAGAACUCGCUCAUAUUUUACUUACUAAAUUACUUCCAGCACUUGUUGACAGGCAAAUUUUAAAUAAAAGGGCGUUGUUUUCAUGUGCAGUAAUAAUAAAACUGUGCCAAAUUACACAUUUUAGCCAAAGUUUCAAACGACUCAGGUUGCUAAAAUCACUACCGAUGUAAUUACUCAAAAAAUAGUUGACUACUUUUUUGUGUCUAGUUGCCAAGAAAUAAAAGAAUCCAUUAGAUGUAGUGACCAUUAUUUAAUUAUCUCAAAUUAGUCAAAACUGGUCAUCUAAUAGCACUUUUAAAAAAUUCAUACAUUCCACGGUCACUCACGAAAAUAAUUCGUAUUAUGCCACAUACCUUUUUUAGCUCUUUACUAUGGAGUAAGAAAUUUUGCCGCUUCUUACUUUAAUGCGCGUAACUAAUUUUUAUUCAAAGAAUCAUUUUUCGUUGUUCUAAUUCAUUUAUUUUCCUCGUGACAGGGAAAACGAAAAAAAUUGUAAAUUCGAUUAAUAUCUACCACCUUCAUGGACUGAAAUUGCGAUAAAACCGAUAUGAAACGAAGCAAUACUCACUCCCAAAUUCGUAAUUUUACCGAAAAAAUUAAAUAGACUUCAGUUAGUUAUAUAACUGAUCCAAGAUAUACACAACCCGAAAGCAAUAAAACUAAUACGAUCUUUAAUAUAAAACGGUAUUCGAACUUCCAUAUUUCAUAUCAUAUCACGUGAGCAAAGUCAAUUUCUGAUUGGUGACGUAUGACAUUUAACGAUCAUGUGACAGUGACGUAACCACACAAUUUUUGCUACAAAGAAACGUCAAAGUACAAGAAUGAAAAUCAAAAUGACGAUUUAAAUCAAACCGGGGUUAACGUGGUACCUUGAUUUCGAACUUGUAGUACAUGUGGCACAUAUCUCCCCUAUGUAAUAAAGUUUUCCAGCCCACUACGUUCUUAUUGUUCAAAUGCUGCUGUCCCGCUGAAAAAUCUCGCUGGACUGUCACUGUAAAUUUCAGAAAUGCACAUAAAUCUGCUUUAUUUUAUGCAGUAUUCAGACUUAACGUAGCGUAUAAUUUACCGAAGAAUCAGUGUGUGUUAAGAAUUCUCGCCCACAUUCCAGAGGGAGGCAUUUGCAUGAGAAGACUGACGUAGCGUAAUAUUUCGUUGAACUGCAUAAAGUAAAGUUAAUUUUUUAACAAUGAAUAUGGCCAAUUAUAAACUUUUAGAUAUAAUUCUUUUCACAAUAUAAGUGUGCUUUAUAAUAAACUAA